AUGCCAGAGAAGUAUGAGGCGAUGUUCCGCUCUGCGGAAAUGAGUCUGGUGCAGCUCUACAUUCCUCAGGAAAUUGGCAGAGAUUCGGUCUACAGCCUGGGAGAUCAAGGACUGGUCCAAUUCCGGGACUUGAACACGAAGAUUCGCUCUUUCCAGAGAACUUUUGUGCCAGAAGUAAGACGUUUGGACAAUUUGCAGAGACAGUACAGAUAUUUCUACAAGCUCUUAUGUCAACACGACAUCAAGAUUUUUGAGGAAACCGAAGAGGAAGUGCCAAAGGGCACGUUUCGCAUGGCGCCCAGAUCUUCGAAAAUCGAUGACCACAUCGAAAAUGGAUCCUUGAUCGAAGAACGUAUGGUGCAACUGGUGGAAGCCAGCGAGCAGCUGGAAUUGCGGAAAUCCGACCUUGAACAGUUCCGUCACGUUCUGCAGGCCGGAGACGAGUUCUUUGCCAACGCUGCUGGCUUCAGCCACAGUGAAUCGCAGGACGAGAGUAUCCCCUCUUCCGUGUCCUUUGUCACUGGUACAAUUCCCCGUGCGAAAGCGGGAACUUUGGAACAGAUUUUGUGGAGAGUUUUGAGAGGUAAUCUCUUUUUCAAGCACGUUCAGUUGCCCGAGCCUCUUUACGAUGUCAAGGCUAAGACGACCGUUUUGAAGGACGCUUUCAUCGUUUUCUCCCACGGUGACCUAAUUUUGCAAAGAGUGAAGAAAGUGGCCGAGUCCUUGGAUGCUAACCUUUACGACGUCAGCGACAACGCCGGCGCCCGCUCCAAGCAGCUCAACGAGGUUAAUUCCCGUCUCGCUGAUGUGUACACCGUUUUGGAUACCACCAACACGACUUUGGAAACCGAGCUGUACGCGAUAGCAAAAGAACUCCAAGUCUGGAACUCGGAAGUAGCUCGCGAAAAGGCUGUUUACGAGACUUUGAAUUUGUUUGACUACGACUCUAACCGUAAGACUUUAAUCGGUGAAGGUUGGGUGCCCAAGGAUGAGUUGAACAGCCUACAAGGGCAAUUGGCCAGGCUCACUACCUCGAUGGGCGUGGACGUUCCCUCCAUCGUUCAAGUUUUGGAAACCAACAAGUGCCCACCCACUUUUCACAGAACCAACAAGUUCACCGAUGCGUUUCAAAACAUUUGCGACUGUUACGGAACACCUAGCUACCGUGAAGUUAACCCUGGUUUACCCACUGUUGUCACUUUCCCGUUCAUGUUCGCUAUUAUGUUUGGUGAUAUGGGACACGGGAUGUUGAUGACAAUGGUUGCUGGUUUGUUAGUGUUUUAUGAAAAGACUCUCGGUAAAAUGAAGAGAGAUGAAAUUUUUGACAUGGCCUACUCAGGUCGGUACAUUUUGUUGUUGAUGGGUCUGUUCUCCAUAUACACCGGGUUUCUGUACAACGAUAUGUUCUCGAGAUCUUUGACUCUUUUCAAGUCUGGCUGGAAAUGGCCCUCUCAUUGGGAACUGUAUGAAACUAUUGAAGCCAAGUCGGUCGGAACUUAUCCAUUUGGUUUAGAUUCGGCCUGGCACGGGACUGAGAACGCUUUGCUUUUCAGCAACUCUUACAAGAUGAAACUUUCCGUUCUAUUGGGUUUCGUCCACAUGAGCUACUCGUACAUGUUUUCUCUGGUGAACGCCCUUUACUUCAAGAACUGGAUUGAUAUUGUAGGUAAUUUCAUUCCAGGGCUUUUGUUCAUGCAAGGUAUCUUUGGAUAUUUGUCCGUUUGCAUCGUAUACAAAUGGAGCGUUGACUGGAUAAAAGAUGGCCGUGUUGCCCCUGGUCUUUUGAAUACUUUGAUCAACAUGUUUUUGGCUCCAGGAACUGUUGAGGAGGAGCUUUACCCCCACCAAGCUAAGGUUCAGGUUUUCCUACUAAUCAUGGCUUUGAUUUGUGUUCCAUGCUUGCUUCUCAUCAAGCCAAUCCACUACAAGCUCACUCACCCAGAUAACGCGUACGAAUCGGUCACUUCCAAUGAAACUAGCGAGGAAACUGUUGCCGAGCACAACGGCGCUGUCGCAAAGGCCGGCGAUGAUGACGAUGAUGAAGAAGGCACUGGUCAUGGUGAAGAAUUUGGCGAUGUUGUCAUCCACCAAGUCAUCCACACCAUCGAAUUCUGCUUGAACUCGGUUUCUCACACCGCUUCCUACUUGCGGUUGUGGGCCUUGUCACUUGCCCAUGCGCAGUUGUCUACCGUGUUGUGGACGAUGACCAUUGAGAUUGCGUUUGGUAUGACCGGCGUAGUCGGCGUGAUCAUGACAGUCGUUUUGUUUACGAUGUGGUUCGUCUUAACUUGCGUCAUUCUAGUCUUGAUGGAGGGUACUUCUGCGAUGUUGCACUCCUUGCGUCUCCACUGGAUUGAGUCCAUGUCCAAGUUUUUCGUUGGCGAGGGUACACCAUACAUGCCCUUCCAUUUCGAGCCUAUCGACGUUGAAUCGAUGAAACAAGAAUAG